AUGAAUGACUUGGUCUGUAAGUUUUGUGGAGCAUAUGAAGCUGCAACCAGAGAAAAAAGUAGUGGACAAAAUGAUAAUGAUGUUCUCAAACUAGCCCACAAAAUCUUCUUCACCAACCAUAAAAAGAAGUUCACACUUGAGCAUGCUUGGAAGGAGCUGAGAAAUGACCAAAAGUGGUGUGAGUUUUCUUCAACUAAAAAUGAAGGAUGCUCCAAAAGGAGUAAGUUUGAGGAUGGUUCACAUUCAGCAUGCUCUGAAACAAAUGAAACCGAUAGUGUUGUAGCUGAUAAAGGAACCACUCGUCCCACGGGUGUUAAGGCAGCAAAAGCCCGUGGGAAGAAACCGAUGGUUGAUGCGAAGGAGCUGUCUCAGUUUUAG